AGUAAUAUCCAUGGCUAAAGGGAUAAGGUGAUUAAUCAUUCAUCGUCGGCGGCGACUAGAGGUAACAGAGAAGUGACGGAGGAGAUGGAGAACAUAACGGCGAGCGAAGUGGCCGGACUUGGGGUCGGAGCAUUCCUUGUACUCGCCACCGUCGCUGCUCCGAAAAUCGAUUCCCUCAUCUCUUCUUCUCAGAGAAGUUCUCUGGGGAUGUGCAGGAAAUGUGGGGACUUAAAGAUGGUAGCAUGCUCAACCUGCAAAGGAACUGGAUUAGCCAAAGCAGGUGGCGCGCCAUUUACUUUCUUGGAUGACUUGUAUCAGUCUGUUGGUGGGGAGACAGAAGUGAACCGGGUGAAAUGUAGUAAAUGCAGAGCCAAGGGCCACUUCCACUGCCCUAACUGCUCCUAAGGCCAGUCUCUGUAAAAUUGUUGGUUACACUUGCCAAGCUUUCACCUUUACACGUUACAUAUUAUUACCAUAUGAAUUCUUUCAUCCUCCCUGUGUAAUGUUGAACCCGGGGUAAAGCCGGAUGUGGAUGCAAGUUGGUUGGAAGUAGUCUUUGCUUGUACAGACUAGUGGUAAAAUUUCUGCAGCCUUUAUAUGCAACUUUAUGGUGAACCUUACAAGUUUGGUGUAGUCUUGAACUUUCUUUGUCAAUGGAAAUUGAGACAACCCAUCUUUGGCCACAUCUUAGACGUGUGGGGGACUGGGAAUAAAGAAAGAAACAGUUGGAAGUUGAGCAAAAGAGAGGAAGUUAAGUGCAGAAAUGGUGCAAGCUGUAUUUCUCAUGCAUGAUGCAUGUUUAUCUGAGUUUUCGUUGUUGUAGUUGGCAGGAGAAAUUAUUGCCCAAGUUUGAGUAGUCUGAAAUUUUAUCAAAUAAGUGGAGGUAGUGGUGCUUUGCAUUAAGUAUGUUACGUUGUGGAUAUAGCUGUGUUGAGACUUGAGACCCUUUAUAAACCGUACUUUUUACAGAAAUUUUUUCGUUAAUCGGUGUUGGCAUCGACUACUCCUAUGGAAUGCAGGAAGUGCAGGUGUAGUGCCCUGCAUCAGAACUGAGCAUACUCCUCCUUCAUUGCUCUAGGCUGCUCCUUCCUCCAGGUAAAGCGUAUAUUGACAAAUGACAAUUGAUCUGAUACCAUCCUUUCUGAAUAUGGAUUGGCUUACUUCCUUUCUUUCUUUCUGAAGAAGAAGAAGAAGAACCACAGCUACUCCAAGAGGGAAAGCGGGGACUACCUAGAUUAACUGAUUGAUUGGUCUAGAGAAAGGGCAACUAGAAUGCUGCUUACCACUUACCAGUCUAGGAAUACAAAUAAUUGACAAAAAUGGCGAAACAAAAACAUAAAAUGGUCUUGGGGAGGGCCACAAGAAAUAAAUUGGUAUGGGUCGUCGUUAGAUGAAUUUCACAUCGACAAAGUACGAGAAAGAUUUAUGGUUCAUAAAUAAGAAAUAGGUCUUAACUGACAAGACCCGUUUUGGGAUGAAAAUGAAAAGUUUUUAUAACUUCGAAAGUAAAUGUGCUCCCUAUGGAGCACUGCAAGAAUGAGUGACGUUAUGGGAAGUCAUCUUGUUAUGCACCACAAGGCAAAAUCUGUGAGGGUUUAGCCUCAGAGCUAACUAUAUCUUGUGGAAAAUAGUUCGAGAUGUUAUGGAAAAAAGGAGUAAAUGCAUAAAAAAUAGAAAAAGAGUCAUAAACUUACAUGGAUGAGUGUUUUUUUUUCAUCAAACUAUUUUAACACAUGCUACAAUGGACUUGCAUAAACACCAAUAACAUUUUGCAAAAUCA